AUGCCUGCCCACCAGGAAUCUCUCAAGGCCACUCUUGAGAACAAGGGUGUAAAAUUCCAUAUCAAAACUGGCAACUCCAAGUGGCAGUGCACUGUUCUUGACCGCGCUACCCACGAGAGGCGCAAGUCCGAGCGUACUGACUCCACUGAUUCGGUCGCGUCUAACGCAACGACGUCGUCCAAUUCGAGCACCAAGUCCCAUUAA